CGUCGCUCUCUAGUCCAUUGUUUCUGCUUCGCUGCCGUUCUGUUUCUGCGCCGCUAGGCGGACGCAUCCGAGGAAAAUGGCGGACGGUGUGGAUCAUAUCGACAUCUACGCCGACGUAGAGGAGGAAUUUAGUCAGGAACCGGAGUACCCACCUCACGAGCAAAUCGAUUUGUACGGUGAUGUAGAAUCCCCAUCGGCCAAUAACGGAGAUGCUCCUGAAGACCGUGACUACCUGGACUCGCUCCCUGCCCCAGGUGGCUCGGAGGGGGGAAAGAGUGCGCCGCCCAAUGUGGUAUACACCUACACAGGCAAAAGGAUUGCCCUGUACAUAGGAAACUUGACAUGGUGGACAACAGAUGAAGAUCUGACAGAAGCUAUUCGCUCAGUAGGCAUUACAGAUGUGUUGGAGAUUAAGUUCUUUGAAAACCGAGCCAAUGGCCAAUCAAAAGGGUUUGCCCUAGUGUGUGUUGGUUCAGAGGCAUCGUCCAGAAAGUUAAUGGAUCUGUUGUCUAAGAGGGAGCUCCAUGGACAGAAUCCCAUUGUCACACCAUGCAAUAAACAAUCUCUAAGUCAGUUUGAGAUGCAGUCACGUAAAAAUGAUGCAGGUAACCAGUCAGGCCAGAUGUCUGGGGAAGGUAAAGCUGGACCUCCUGGGUCAGGCUCCCGCGGUGGAUUCCCGAUGGGCAGCCGCAAAGGCAGGUUCCCUGGACCUCCUGGUCCUGGAAAUGACCGUUUCCCUGGCCCUGUAGGGCCUGGAGGCCCCCCACCGCACUUUCCAGGCUCGGGAAUGAGACCAGAUCUGGUUAGUCACCAUGAUGGCCCUCUGAUGGAAAUGAAUUUCAAUCCCUUCCCGCCGGGGGGCAGGAACGGGAGCUGGCAUAGCAGAGGUGGGAUUCAGGGUCCUCCUCGCCCUCCUCCCGGCCCACCUGGCCCUCCAGGACCCCCAGGUCCCCCACCUCCUGGCCAAGGCCUACCUCCUCCACUCCCAGGUCCUCCAAAUCGUGGUGACAGGCCUCCUCCCCCUGUGCUCUUCCCUGGUCAGUUUGGUCAGCCACCAAUUGGACCACUUCCCCCAGGCCCUCCUCCUGCAGGUUAUGUCCCACCUCCUGUUCCUCCUCCACCUCAUCAGGGCCCACCUCCUCCUGGGCCCUUUCCUCCUCGGCCUCCAGGCCCUAUUGGACCCCCAAUGGCUUUGGCUCCACCCCCACAUUUGCCAGGCCCUCCUCCAGGUGGGCCACCACCAGCUCCUCAUGUGAACCCUGCCUUCUUCCCUCCACCUGGAGGGAACAACAUGCCUCCCAACGAUAGCCGAGGCCCCCCGGGUCCAAAUGACCCGUAUGGACGGCCACCACCAUAUGAUUCCAGAGAUUAUGGCCCUGGACGAGGAGACAUGGAGUCAUCUCGGGGCCCCUUGAAUGAGGCAGAGUUUGAGGAGAUCAUGAACAGGAACAGAGCCAUUUCCUCCAGCGCCAUAUCCAGGGCUGUUUCCGAUGCCAGUGCAGCUGAUUAUGGCAGUGCUAUAGAGACUUUGGUGACGGCCAUCAGUCUGAUUAAGCAGUCCAAAGUUUCUGCAGACGACCGUUGCAAAGUCCUUAUCAGUUCCCUGCAGGACUGUCUCCAUGGUAUAGAGUCAAAGAGCUACGGCUCUGUGUCACGAAGAGAACGCUCCCGGGAACGCGACCAUAGCCGCUCCAGAGAAAAGAGCCGGCGACACAAAUCCCGCAGUCGAGACAGGCACGAGGAUUAUUACAGAGAGCGCAGCCGGGAGCGAGACCGCCACCGUGAGAGGGACCGGGACAGAGACCGUGAAAGAGAGAGGGAGAGGGAGUACCGGCACCGCUAGCUGACAAUGCAGCUCACGAGGAUCAAGGAUGGAAGGAAGGAAAAGGAGGGACGCUCUCAGUGCACCAUCACCCCGCUCACCCUGCAUGACCGGACAGGACUACAACUACCACCUCCUCCUGCACCCCUCCUUCCAUGUCUUCUGUCUUUUCCUUCUCUGUCUGUUGUCUGCCUGACUAAGAGCAGUGGAUGGAGGACCCUCAACUAUGUAAGGCUUUGUUGUCCAAAUGUCUAUAAUCAUAACUAAAGAUGAAAGAAAAACUUUCCAGUUUCUUUUAUUUUUCUUUUAUUUGACAUAAAGACUAGUGUGUUGCUUUUUUUUUUUUUUUGUUGGCAAAGAAACAAAAAAAAUGUCUGCGAUCCUGAAAUAGAAGUCAAAAAAGACGUUCAUUUUGUUUUUUUUUUGUUUUUUUAUUUGGCUUGCUGUACUAUGUAAAAUUCAGUAUAGGCAAGUUUUUAUAGGGUUCGUGUUUAAUGUUUUUUCUUCUCUCUCUCAUAUUUCUUCUUCCUGGUUAGUAUGUUUGUAAAUGUCUCUGAUUUUUGAUUAAAAACUAGAUGGAGUUGUAAUAAAAAAUGUUUGCUGAGGUCCACUCAUCUGGUGAAUUUCUCUACAUGUUUGGUUCAUUUAUACUAAAUGUAUUUUUGCACUGAAAAAUGUUUUUUUUUUUUUUUUUAUCUAACUUUCACGUUUACCAGUCAAGUGAUACAUUUUGUUUCUCUUCAAAUGGAUGGAGUUUUUCCAAGGUAAGAUAACAUAGAAUGUAUUUUUGAAUGUGAAUUGAUGGGUCGGUGUGAACCAAAAUGGACGCUGAUCGAGGUGUUGAUCAUUUUUUAAAGCGGCUUGGUAAAUCGAAAACAUACCACUAUUUGCUGGGUUGCUUCUGACAUUUUUAUGUGCAAUUAUGCUGAAUGGAUGUUGCCAAAAAGGAUCAGGACAAAAUGUUUGUGGUGUGUUUUCAUCAUUGUGAGCAAUAUUGUUACAUUUAAUUAGCCGCUUUCUUUUAGUCCACUGUUUUUAAGAACUUGCCUGGUUAGUGACUCCAAGUUCUGGAGAGAAGUUUACAUCCACUGAUCGCUUGCAUGGUUGUCAUCAAUUUGGGGCUUUUCACCACACAUUUCAACACUUCGUUUUUCCACUGUGGAUGUUAUAAUACAACAUUUAAUUUUAUUUGUUUCAUAAUUCUGGUUUGACAUCUAAAAACUCACUUCUGAAAUCUUUUUUCACUGAGCUUUUAAUCAUAGUACUUAGAUUCUCAGAAGUAUUGCAGCCAGGGCUGUUUAAGAAGCUUAAUGUUGCACUGCUUUAUGCUCAAGUUUCAAACAUUUAGUUGUUUGUCUGGGAUAAGGUUGAAAAAUUUCAAGGUAGUUGUAUUCUUUCAUAAUUCCACCCACUCGCAGCCAACUAUUGCCACAACAUAAUACUGCCACCACUAUGCUUUAAAGUUUGGAUAUUGUUUUUAAGUUUAAUACAUUCCUGUUAUUAGAGUUGACAAUAAAUCUUCUCCAAAAAGCGUUUGAGGUCUAGAUAUUCGUCUUGAAUGUAUAACUUUGACCGUAUGAAUUGUAGAAGAUCGUAGUCUGCACGCAGUCGUUCCUCAUAAAAUGAAUCCUCCAAAUGACUGACAUCCAUGCCAGUUUUGAGUGAAUGUAAAGUCGUGACCAGAACAAUAUUCCUCACAGCUGAAAUGUGUUUAAAAAGUAAUGUUUAAAUGGCUUUGAAUGCCACUCAAGACCGCUUCUCCCUCACAUCACCACCCAUCCUGUUACUGUGUUGCAUUUGUGUGUCUGUGAUUGUCAGUUAUACUACUUGAAGCUCUUACAUUUUAAGAAAAUGUUUUUAAAAAGUUAUUUUACUGUCUGAGACCAAAUUGAAAUUUGAAAUGCAGAGUAAAAUAGCUGUAUUUGUUUUGAUAAAUAUUACUUUGACAUGCAAGUCUACAACAGUUGUUGAAUUUAAAAGAAUAAAAUUGUAAACAUAUCUGAUCCAUGUUAAAAGGCUAGAGCUGCUCCAAUCCUGUCUCAACAGAUUAUUAUUUUUUUCAUUUUCACCUCAAUCACAUAUGCAUAAAAACAAGAAAUGUUUGAGGAAAACAACAUUUUGAUGUAAUUGUUUUAUUCUUCACUUGACAUUGCUUAACUGUUAUCAACUCACCUUAAAAAGUUUUACCGAAAUCUGAGAUUUUACAAUUUACGUGUUAUUUGUGGAAAAAGGAGGGCCUUUACUCAGACUGAUCAUGAAAUUUAAUUUGAAAGCAGACUUGGAUCCUAAUGAUGCCCCUGCAGUGUUCUUGGUCAGUGUGUUGUUUUAAAAUAGUGUUAUGUAUUCAUGAAUGUUCAUUCAUAUUAUCUGAUGACCCUGUCAACUCUGUAAACAGUUAUGAAUACAGGUGUAUUAGGUUUUUAAUGAACUGGUAAGGAAAAUAUUUUGAACAUUUGGCAGAAAUUUGGUAAUUUUUUUAUAAUUUAGGAACAGUGGCAAUUUUAUCUAAACACUUUCUUAAAAAAAAAAAGUGAAGAUGUGAUAGUGACAUGAUGGGUUUUUGUUUUCUUUCUUUGCCAUUGUAUCUAAAAUGAAUUCUUCAAAGUUGUUAUUACAACUAACAAAAAAAUCCUCAUUGUUUGGGUUCAUCUGCUGCAUUUUUCCUCAGCGCUAAGGUAAGUGUCAGGUCUGCAUGCACAGAAGGUGAAGCCACAAGAAGUCUGAAUGAUCGCUGCAUCAAGCAAGACUAUAUCUUUUAAAGAUGGCUUUGUAAUUUUAGUUGACCUUGUAUAUGUGCUUUAGUCUUUUUUUUUUUCUUUUCAUCUGGAACCGAAUUAUGAAAGAAGAUGGCAAUGUUCAGAAAGCUCUAUUUUUUUACUUCAGUGUGGGAGUUAACAGGGUUGUGUUGGCCCAGUUUGUUCGGUUUGGUGCAACAGGGUUGUUAACUGGGAUGAAAUCUGAAUUAGGGUAAAUACAGGGUUUUUUGUUAUGGGUUGAGAUAUUUUCUUUAACAAUAGUGGUAGUCGAUUCACAUUGUUGGUUUUACUAAUAAAACGUUCUUGCAUUCA